UACUAACCGGACCGGCGAAGGUACACAUAGUUUAUUAACAAAUAUCCAGAGUUUUAACAAUAUUUUCUGAACUGAAGUGAUUUCACCCAUCAUUAUCAUCUAAGACGAAGAUUUUCGUAAGAAGGUCAGGUUGUUUUCUGUAACAUACGCGGUAGCUACGUAUCAUUUUGGGGCUUGUUUUAAGGAUCCAAAAAUGUCUUACAACAAAUACAUACCAAUAAGCAGAGAGCGCUAUGAUGACUUGAUGAACCGAUAUGAAGAAUUCCAGAAGACUGUUGACUCAAAAACCCUGGAUCCAAUCAAGGUGUUCCCACCGCUGGCACCUAAACUGGUUGAAGAGAUUAUGCUCAUAAGAGGAGUUAGUGUGGAGCUGCAGAAGAAAAAAGACGAGGAUAUGAAAAAGAUGCAAGGUAUUGAGGAUAACAAAGUGGAAAUCAAGGAAAAAAAUGAGAAUGAGACUGCAGAGAUAUCCGUAGAAGUUUAGCGUAUCUAUGUACUGUUAAUAAAAUAAAAUGUCCAAUAAAAUAUCCUUA